AAUUGUUAAUAAAAUUAACGGCCAAGAAGAAUGCGUUCAGCGCAUUCGUCCUGUUUAUUUUUCCAAUUACUAUUGCUCGGUGAUGCCUUCUCGUAUUCGAAAGUGAUCGAUCUUACCUGGGAAUAUGAUGCCAACACGCUUUAUUGGCCAGGCGUGGCUAGAUUUAGUUUCACUAAGGUGACCGAGGGAGAAGAGAGAGGAUUUUGGUAUGCAAUGAAAGAGUUUUGCACGGGUGAACAUGGCGGUACUCACUUAGACGCCCCGUACCAUUUCAAUAAAGAAGGUUGGAAAGUUGCAGAAAUACCUGUUGACAGAUUGGUCGGUAAAGGUACGACCAUAGACUUAGCCGACGAAUCUGAGCAUUCGGGAAAAGAAUUGAAAAAACUUGAAGUGUCGCACCUGGAAAAUUGGGAAAGCGUCAACGGACCGUUUGAGCCAGGUUCCAUUCUACUUGUAGACUUCGGUCGAGCCAAAUAUUGGCGGGAAAACGCUUUCAAAUAUCUGGAAUCGGACGACCGACAAACUUUUAAUACUCCAGGACUGUCCGAUGAGGCGGCGAGAUGGAUAGCUUCUUCUGGUAAGUUCUACGGGAUUGGUCUAGAUGCGCCCAGCGUCGAUCCAGGGAACAGCACGACGAUGAUGGUCCACAGGAUUUUAGCGAAGGAGCAAAUUUUCAACUUGGAGAAUGUGAAUUUGACAAAAAAAUUGCCGGCUAAAAAUUUCACUAUAAUCGUCGCACCAAUGAAAAUCGCGGAUGGUACGGGAGCUCCAGUGAGGAUUUUCGCGAUUGUUAAUUCGGUUCUUUGACGACCUUCCUGAUGAAAUUUUAAGAGCGAAUUGGACAGCAAAUAAAGCAUUUGAA